GAUCAAGCUAAAGCGCCUUGACUAGUGCCGCCUGCCGCCCCUGCCCCUCUGCCUCUUCACGUUCGCGGAGACCACUGGAGCCCGUCACCAUCCUCCCCACGACGUGCUGCCCUGAACCCGCAGCCAUGUGCCGGACCCUGGCCGCCUUCCCCACCACCUGCCUGGAGAGAGCCAAAGAGUUCAAGACACGGCUGGGGAUCUUUCUUCACAAAUCAGAGCUGGGCUCUGAUACUGGGAGUGUUGGCAAGUUCGAGUGGAGCUGCAAACACAGCAAAGAGGGCAGAAACGUCUCAGAAGAUGUGCUGGAGUGGAAAGAGUCAUUUGACUUGCUACUGAGCAGUAGAAAUGGAGUGGCCGCCUUCCACGCUUUCCUGAAGACGGAGUUCAGUGAGGAGAACCUGGAGUUCUGGCUGGCCUGUGAGGAGUUCAAGAAGCUCCGGUCAGCUACCAAGCUGGCCUCCCGGGCUCACAAGAUCUUUGAGGAAUUUAUCUGCCGUGAAGCCCCCAAAGAGGUGAACAUAGACCACGAGACCAGGGAGCUGACCAGGAUGAACCUGCAGGCUGUCACAGCCACAUGCUUCGAUGUGGCUCAGGGGAAGACUCGCACCCUGAUGGAGAAGGACUCCUAUCCACGCUUCCUGAAGUCCCCUGCUUACCGGGACCUGGCGGCCCAAGCCUCGGCCACCUCUGCCUCUCCAGCCAGCGGCGGCCCCGCAGAGCCCUUGCACACUUGAGCCUCCUGGCAGUGAGGGAGCCAGCCGGGAGGAGAGGUGGGGUCACCCGUCCCUGGGGCAGAUUCUACCAAGCAAGUGCGAGAGGACA